AGUGGCAGCACCAUGGAGCCAACAGCGAGCAGAAAGCUGGGUCCUGUCAGAGAGAGCGUUGCUUGCCUUACAGAGGCCUACACAUGUUUGCGGAGGGGGUCAUGUCCCAGCCAAAGGGCUGGCGAUGUGGCCUCUGCGAUAUUUUUUGGUGUGUGUGGAGGGGUCUCCGGUGGGGACUUGGAGCUGACCUGCAUCAGUGUGUCUCUGCUGGACAAGAUCACCUCCGUGCUGAUGUCUGGGAGCCUACCUCCAGCAGCCAACUUAUACCAUGCCGAGGUUCUGACAGGCUUACAAGACAUGAAUGUCAUGUUACGACUUAUCCUUCAUUUCCAGUCCAAUGACCAGAUCACCUCACACCUAGCUGCAAAGAGUGUGUCAACGUGUGUCUUUUAUCAGCUCCACACAUCUAACACAGUCUGUCCUGUCUGGUGGGAGACGUGUGAACAGGCUUUUUACAGUUCGACCCUCAGCCCUGCUCUGGAUACCUGUCUGUGGUCACUGACUGAUGUCGUCAAAAGACUUCUUCAAGGAGGCCAUCAAGAGAACUUUGGGAAACUUCUGGCAGCUUUUGAUUCCAGCCUGAUGACUUUAUGUUCAAAGUUUCUUCCUGAAGAGAGAAGUGAGGUACUGCUGUGUUCGGAGGAUGUCAGCAGCAGCAGCAGACGCUGGGGAACAACACUUUGCCUCCUGCUGGAGCUGCUGGAGCUGCUCACCGCAUCCAGUGUGAUCUGUGGAGCUGAUGUCUUUCUGCAGAGUCAGAGAAUAACUUACACUCACUCCUCAGCACUACUGACAAUAAUCGGCGGCUCUUCACAUUAUUUUGUCAAAAAGCGCGCAUUACUGCUGCUGAAGAGAGCUGUGCUUCAAAAGUCCGGAGAGAACUGGGCUCUACGGGAAGGGCUGUACAUUGGGCCGAAAAACAAGCAACUCAACACUGAUAUGAGCCUUCUUGCAAAGAUUAUGUUAAAAGCAGUGGAUACUAAUUGGUUGCCAAGGGUUCAAGUGGAGUCUAGUUCUGUCUUUGGGGGGACGAGACAUGUCAGAGGAAUGGAAGGUCAGAAAGCAGACUGUGUGAUGUUGAGAGCGCUUGGCCUGCUGCUUCUCAAGUCCUUGGAGAUUUAUAUCGAAACUUCUAGCGGAGCAGCGGAAGUGAACAGUGUCUUCAAGGUGUGUGGGUAUCUACAGAGUGUGUGGGCGUUCCUGAGGCAGGUCAGUGUGCCAAGGACAGAGGUCACACACUGCUGCUGCUGGCUCAGCCUGCUGUUUGGUGAACAGGACGACGACAUGAUGGAGGCAGCUAAAGCUUUGCUUUCCAUUUUCCUCCAUCACAGACUGUGUUCUGGACUGGAUGACUUCUCUAUGUUGAAGGCAGCCUGUGUCUUUGGAUGCAACCCUCACUGCCACUUCCUGCUGCUGCUUCAGAGCAUCUCGUUCGACCACAGCAUACUCCUUGACUUUCUCAUCUCCACUGAAACCUGUUUUUUGGAGUACAUUGUGCGGUACCUCAAAUACCUGAGAUCUGACUGGCAGGGCUUCACUGCAGCAUGUGGAAAAACAUGCUUGUUAGAUCGCCGUCUUUCUCUGCAGCAGUCACCUACUGCCUCAUGUGGGGGUGAUGAGUUAAAGGUGACUAACGAAGAUAAAGAUCCAGUUCGGUCCAACGCCUGUUUCCAGCCCACAGGUGCUAUUUCAUCAGCGGGAAUGAUCGGUAUGGCUGCUGGGUUUCACCUCGUAGAGUAUGAUAGUUCUGACACGUCUGAUACAGAGGACAUGGAGGUAUCUAAGGGUGCAGAACAGGCGUCUGUAAGUGAGAAAAGCAGAUAUAGUGGUUUAGAUAUGAAAUCAGACAUGAAACUACAAAAACUAUCGGACUUAGCAGGAAUACUGAUUGGACCUAACACCAUACCACACAGAAGAGCAGAAGGGCCUUCAGUGCCGGUGUUUCAGAGUCAGCAAACAUCGUGUCCAAACAUGGCACCUGUGUCAGGACAUUUGACUUGUGACACAUUAGACAGGGUGGUCCUCUGCAUGUCACAACUCAGAGACGUGGUGAAGAGGCUGCACACAAAGAAACUCUUCCCAUACAACCCUUCUUCACUCUUAAGGCUCCUAGAGAUAUUAUCCAACUUUUCAUAGCAAUUUUGUGUUUUGACAUUUCAAUAUAGAUUUUUGUUUUUCUUUACUGGCUUGUUAGAUAAAUCUAAAUGGUCCCGUUUGUGUUUCAACCGGUGCAUGCUAGGACUAGCAAGAGGUUUUAAGUACACAAACCAGGAGCAUAUGGCUUUUGAUUGCUGACUUUGAGAAAAUAAUUUUGCCAAAAAUGAGCUGUUACUGCUUUAAGUUCUUUGUGAAGGUUUUCCUGGAGAAUUACUUAUGUAGCAGUAGUGGCCCAACAAUCAAUAUGAGGAUGCAAGUCGAUGACAUGCAGUACAUAAUCAAAUAAAUAAUAAAUGGAUUGUUUUCAUUAAUAUCCAUUAAUGAAAUUAUAUUUAUAUAGGCAAAUAUUACAAGUGUGCUUUAGGAGGCUUUACUAUCUGUAUUAUACAAAUCCGUAUGUCCUCAAACCCUUGCAGAGGAUGAGAAAAAGCUCCAACAAAAACAAAUACAGUGUGCUCAAUUAUUGGCAAGUUGUAUUUUUCAAGAAUCAAUGGUUUUAUUAUUGUAACCCACAUUAAAACAUAGUAAAUAAAUCCAUAAAUGUAUAUAAAUAUGUAUUAAACACGUUUAAAAUUGGUCAAUGAUAUCAUCACUUUAAAAACAUAAUAAAAGUAGUAUGACAAAGAAUUACAAGGUACUGUUCCUUUAAGGGAGCUCUGCUGAAUGUCUGGAGCCUAUUUGAAAGGACCACAAAAAGAGACAUAAAAAUGCUGUAUAAUAGCAUUGAAAGACUGCGUUUCGAGGAAGACUUUGUGUGGGGAAGCUCCUUUGUGACAAUAAAGGAAGAUGUGAUGAGAAUACAUUUUGUAAAUAACAAAUGAAAAAAAGAAAAAAAAAAAAAAAAAAGAAAGAGGACUCUGAACGAAUUAAGGAAAGGACAAUGUUCUAUUGUGGGGAAUGACAUGCCUGUGUGCGAUGGGUCUUUGUGCAUGAUUAUGUUUUGUUUUAUUUUUUUUAUUUUGGAAACAAUUUUGGUUUUGGGUGGAGGGAGAAAUGUUGACUGUAUGAUGCGAAUGUGUGUACAGUGGCAAAAGGAAAAACAAUCAAAAAAAAAAAAAAACUUGUAAAAAUGUAAAUAAAUUGUAAAUAUGCAAAUUUUAUAAAUAAAAGAUAAAAAAAAAAAAAAAAAAAAA